GUAACCUGUGAAGAGAGGUAAAGAGAAGAAAAAACAGAAAAAAUACGAGAUUUACCCGCGGUGGGGCUUUAGCAGAAUAAUCCGUCGGUAAACAGGUGUGUGUCCUUUCUUUGUCUUUUUUCAAACGGAACUUCCAAAGCAUAAUUACUUUUGACUUCAAAAAAAAAAAAAAGACAACUCCGCCUGCUGUAAAGGAAUACAGGCAAAAGGGACUGCCACGAGGAAGGGAAGGAGGGGGACUACCCUCAUCAUUGUCUACUGCUGCCCUCUGCUUCCUCCUGUGUACAGAUGUACGCUGAGAAAGUUGUGACAGAGGGGAAGAUGGGGAGCAGGGGCAUCUCUCUGACCUGUGUGUUGACCCCCUGGCGGGUAAUGGGAGUUUGUGCAACAGUCAUGAUCAUUGGAGCCAUUGGAGCUGGUAUCUGGGCCGUAGUUACAUACUGCACAAUGGAGGAGGACACAGGACUGUAUGAUGUUCAGGUAAAUUCACCUGACCAACUUCUCAGAGUGUUUGACUCUGCUCAGAGGAGGUGGCGUCAGGUGUGUUCCUCUUCAGCCAAUGAACUUCUUGCUAGCAUCAGUUGUGAGGAAGUUGGAUUUGUCAGUGUGUUGAAUUACUCGGUCAUAUCGGUGCCAGAAGCCAGUGGUGACGUUGGAGAGUUCUUCUGUGUCCGACAAGAAGAGCUCAGCUAUGGAAAGAAAAUCAAAGACUCAUUGUACCCAUGUGCCUGUGAGAGCAGGGAAGUUCUUACACUGUUAUGCCAAGACUGUGGCAGGCGUAGUUUUGCGGCAGACCGUAUAGUUGGGGGUGUGGAUGCAAGGCAGGGCAGCUGGCCCUGGCAAGUUAGCUUACAAUAUGAUGGCAUUCACCAGUGUGGGGGAUCCAUCAUCUCAAAUCGCUGGAUUGUUUCUGCUGCUCACUGCUUUCCAGAGCGCAACCGAUUUAUUAAUCGAUGGCGUGUGCUGCUGGGCUCCAUCUACAACAAACCUGUCAAUGCUAACGUGGUAGAGGUGAAGACCAUUGUAUACCACAGUAGCUACCUGCCCUUUGUAGAUGCCAAUAUUGAUGACAACAGCAGAGACAUCGCUGUGUUGGCUCUCGCACAACCGCUCACUUUCAAUGAGUACAUCCAGCCUGUCUGUCUGCCAACAUAUGGACAACGACUGAUUGAUGGACAGAUGGGAACAGUGACGGGCUGGGGAAACGUUGGAUACUACGGUCAUCUAGCAGAUGUUCUCCAGGAAGCAAACGUCCCCAUCAUCAGUGAUGCUGUCUGUAAUGCUGCUGAUUACUACGACAACCAGAUCACCACCAGCAUGUUCUGUGCUGGCUAUGAGAAAGGAGGCAUUGAUGCCUGCCAGGGGGACAGUGGGGGUCCUUUUGUGGCUGCUGACUGCCUGUCUAAAACCAGCCGCUAUCGUCUGCUCGGGGUGGUGAGUUGGGGAACAGGAUGCGCCAUGGCCAAAAAACCAGGUGUCUACACCAGAGUUUGCCGGUUUCUGCCUUGGAUAUCCACAGCCAUGAGGAACUAUUACAACUUACCAGGCGUUCACAAAUUGGCUCGACCAUGAGAUUCCUUCAUCCAUCUAUCUGCUCUCUCUACUUCUGAAUGAGAAUACGAACAUUUUCCAUCGUUGAUACUGUGACCCUUUGACAGGGAAGGAAAAUACUGUGAUUCCCCUUUUAUCCUGGCUUCAGAAAUGUAUUCUGACUGAACCAUUCCCAGCCUGAGUCUUUACGCAUCACUGAAUGUGUACCAAUGCCAUGUAGGAAACACAUUUAAACCAGUUAUUUUAUGAAGUUAUGACGACAUAUGGAAGCAGAAAAAGAUAAAUGAGAUCAGAAUCACUAAACUGAAUUUCGCUUUUGAAAUAUAUGUUUUGACAUCUGAGCUUAACAGCAAUAAACUGCACCUAUGAAGCUCAAUCAGUCUGAGCUAUUCUGGAAGUAAA